GAAGCGUGAUCGGUCCACAGCUCGUGCCUAAAACUGCACAAAGAUCAUUUGUGCUGCGCGAGCGUUUUGGGUAUUCACGCAUCUUUGCAUGUUGUCAUUGACGUGAGGGGAAAAAACACGCAUCACCCUCGCGAUAAGAAUUUUGCACACGCUGCGUGACGUUUCGUAGCCGAACCACUUGAAGACGGAGGUGUCCCCGGAGCCAGGACGCACUGCCGAGGUGUGGAGAGGUUCGUGUCCUAAAACCAGACAAUAACUCGAUCAUCUCACCCAGCGGCGGGCGCUGUGUCCGUGUUAAAAAACCAAAAAACACCCGUGCUGCGACCAUUUGCUCCAUUUCCCCGCCGCUGUGGCACAUCCACCGUGCGCGCUGCCACCUACACACGAAAAGUAGCUUGAUGAGUGUCCAAAGUAGUGGAAGUUUGGAGGGGACGCCAUCUUGGUCCCAGCUCUCCACGUCCCCAACACGGACCGUGUGUUCAGCAACAAACCGCGGCGGUGGUAGGCCCCGGGAAGGCACCAUGGAGGAGCUGCACAGCCUGGACCCCCGGAGACAGGAGCUGCUGGAGGCCCGCUUUAUGGGCGGGGUCAGCGGCAGCACAGGGGGCAGCACUGGCAGCAUGAGCGGGGGAACCAAAGGUUUGACCAAUAAUGAAUGUUCCAAUCACAGUUUUGGAAGCCUGGGAUCUUCAAGCGACAAGGAAUCAGAGGGUUCAGAUGUGAAAAGAGGCAGCUCUCCAGCCUAUUCGACCCCAGAGAAGAAACAGUCAGAAACUACAAGAGGCAGAAAAAGGAAACCUGAGAUCCAAUCAGAGAGCAGCCAAGGGAAAUCCAUUGUGCGAGGACCCAAAAUAAGUGAUUAUUUUGAUUUCCAGGGAGGAAAUGGGUCCAGUCCUGUGAGAGGUGUGCCACCGGUGCUUCGCUCGCCCCAGAACUCACAUUCCUACUCCACUCAGGGCUCUGCUGUUAGACAAAAUAGCUCAUCUCCCACUAGUCUGUCUUUUGGGGACCACAUGAUGCAUCCAAAGCAACUAGCAGUCAAAUUUGUUCAGACUGACCUUACAGUGUUGAAACUGGCUGCCCUUGAAAGCACUAAGAACCUUGACCUUGAGAAAAAAGAGGGCAGAAUAGACGAUUUACUAAGGGCAAACUGCGAUCUCAGGAGACAGAUAGAUGAACAACAAAAAUUACUUGAAAAGUACAAGGAACGCUUGAAUAAAUGCAUCACCAUGAGCAAGAAGUUGCUCAUAGAAAAGAGCACUCAAGAGAAGCAGGCGUGUCGAGAGAAGAGCAUGCAGGAUCGACUACGUUUAGGCCAUUUCACCACAGUGAGACAUGGUGCCUCGUUCACAGAACAAUGGACAGAUGGCUAUGCCUUCCAAAACCUUGUGAAGCAGCAAGAGUGUAUAAACCAACAGAGAGAGGACAUCGAGAGGCAAAGAAAACUUCUUGCCAAGAGGAAACCUUCUUCCUCCAGCAACUCCCAAGCACCAACCACAAACUCGGAGCCAAAGCAACGCAAAACCAAGGCAGUGAACGGAGCAGAAAAUGAUCCCUUUCUAAAACCCAGCCUACCUCAGCUGCUGACACUAGCAGAGUACCAUGAACAGGAAGAGAUCUUCAAACUGCGUCUCGGACAUCUUAAGAAGGAAGAAGCUGAGAUCCAGGCGGAGCUGGAGCGUCUGGAGAGAGUGCGCAACCUUCACAUUCGGGAGCUGAAGAGAAUAAACAACGAAGACAGCUCACAAUUCAAAGAUCAUCCAACGUUGAAUGAACGAUAUUUGCUUCUGUACCUUUUAGGGAGAGGAGGCUUUAGUGAAGUUUACAAGGCUUUUGACUUGAUUGAGCAACGAUAUGCUGCUGUGAAAAUCCAUCAACUUAACAAGAACUGGAGAGAAGAGAAAAAGGAGAACUAUCACAAGCAUGCAUGUCGGGAGUACAGAAUACACAAGGAACUGGACCAUCCCCGGAUCGUGAAACUUUUCGACUACUUCUCACUGGACACAGACACAUUUUGCACCGUUAUGGAGUACUGCGAUGGCAACGACUUGGAUUUCUACUUGAAGCAGCAUAAGCUAAUGUCUGAGAAGGAGGCACGGUCGAUAGUAAUGCAGAUUGUGAAUGCACUAAAAUACCUGAAUGACAUCAAACCCCCAAUCAUUCAUUAUGACCUUAAGCCAGGUAACAUCUUGUUGGUGGAUGGCACGGCCUGUGGGGAAAUCAAAAUCACAGACUUUGGUUUGUCCAAAAUCAUGGAUGAUGACAACUAUGGUGUGGACGGCAUGGACCUGACAUCACAGGGUGCAGGCACCUAUUGGUACUUGCCUCCUGAAUGCUUCGUGGUUGGUAAAGAGCCUCCAAAGAUCUCCAACAAGGUGGAUGUUUGGUCUGUGGGCGUUAUCUUUUUCCAGUGUCUGUAUGGAAGAAAGCCUUUUGGCCACAACCAGUCACAACAAGACAUCCUGCAGGAGAACACCAUACUCAAAGCUACAGACAUCCAGUUCCCUGUCAAGCCUGUUUCCAGCAAUGAAGCAAAGGCCUUCAUUAGGCGGUGCCUGGCAUACAGGAAGGAGGACCGCAUAGACGUGUACCAGCUCGGAAGCGACCCCUACCUUCUCCCUCACAUGCGGAGGUCGAGCUCCUCUGGAAACCUGCAGAUGAGCUCUGCCAGCUCCGGACCAGCCUCCUCCAGUAUCAUCUCAUACUGACGCCAUCGAACUGUGACAGAAAGGCAAACUGACCAAGUUGCUCCUACGCCUGCAGCGCUCCGUUCAUGGGAUAGGCAACAGCCAGAAAGGAGGGAGGAGCAGGACACAGGUGGGGAGAUCUCACCUGACACCCUCUGACCUGUGCCAGGCUUCUUCUUCCUCACCUGGACUUAAUAAAUGAAGGGACAGUGAAGGGAUGUUUUUUUAAAAAGGACAUGGGUAACAGGAUCUUUCGACGGUCCGACGAAAGCACUGAAACUGACAACGUACCUUGAAGAAAAAGUGACUGUGCACUCUGUUCAGAUGUUGCAGAUGGAUAAAGCCUUAAAGAGCCGAAGGGAAACUUGGCAGCCCGCCGUUAAGAUUAAAUAACAUGGUCCUGCCAGGGUGCAAAUGAUUCCGCUGCUAGAAGUUAAUAUACUGUGAGGAGAGGACAGUCAUUGUUAAGUAGAAUUACAAAGAUUUCACUGUUGAUUUGGCAAAAAUGUUUUUGUUUUGUUUUUUUUCCACAAAUAUUAGGCUUUAAUUUGAGUUACUUAGCCAUGGGAAUGUAAUGUUGUAGCAUACAAGUGGCAUCUAGUGACAUGUAGGUCGGGGCAGCGUACUUAACUUUUAAUGCACAAAGUAACCAAAUGUAGAAAAAAAUUACAAUGUAUAAAAUCCUAUGCAGGAAUAUUAAUUAACAAGUAGAUUGGAAGCUGUUUAUGCUGUACAGGUGAAUUCUCAAAUUUUGAGCUGCAGCAGUAACGUGUACAAAGACUUAAAAACACAAAAAUCUCCCCAAUGUAAAACUAGUUACCUGGAGUGGUUUCAUUUUGCUGCUUUGUUGCUCUUACUUUUUCAAGGGCUCUAUGUUCCACUUCGGGUAUAAAUUGUACAGUUCUGCUAAGAGUGAAUAAUAAAUGCCAGGAAACCUUUUUUCUCCCAGUGAA